CUUACUUGACUCAUUGCGUUUUUAGGUAGUCUUAGUGUUCUUAAAUUUCCCAGUUCUUCCUACAACUACGUCUAUAACUUAAAGUUAUUUUAAAAUGCCCGCGGAAUUUCAUGAAUAAUUCUGCAUGUAACGGAGUGUUGUGAGAGUAGCGCUUCGCAUCAGCUGUUAUAGAAAAAAAUAACGGGAAAUCGACGAUGGAGAUUGGUCACACCGACGGCCACAUCAAAUCUGGGGGUCUAGCGUGUGACCCUGUUAAUUUUUUCCUACAAUAAAAUAGCUGUGUAAUUCUAGUGAAGUUCUGCUUUGACUAAAUAGAAAUACAGUAAGAUAAUAGUGUUAUUUAUGUGUAUAAUAUGGAACGUGCAACAGGAACAGAGGUGUUCGGGUGUGGCUCAACCCAUUCCUCGGACAUAACGCUGAAUAUACAAACGACGACUGGUGGUAAUUUCUCCAUUAGCGUGAACUGUAAAAAUUCAGUGGAGUACCUGAAGAAACUCGUUUCCAGGAAAUUGAAAGUGUCAAAGGAUCGAAUAUGCUUGUUACAUCGCGAAAGGCAACUUAUUGAUGGGACUUUAGAAGAAAAUGGCCUACUGGAUGGGUCGCGUGUCAUUUUGCUGCCGAGCGUUGAAACUGGACUCUUGACACAUAGAUCAGAGAACUCAGUAAUGCAAGCAUUAGAAACUUUAAAUGACAAUCAAGUGAAUGACUUUUUGAGUGGAAGGUCACCCUUGAAUCUUACCAUGAGGCUAGGUGACCACAUGAUGCUAAUACAGCUACAGUUAUCAACCCUUAACUCUAGUCGUUCAUUGAGAAAUUCUGCUAAAAGCUCUCAAGCAAAAACUGAGUCCAAGGAAUCAACUAAUUCCCAAGCUUCUGCCCAAAAGUCUCAAACAGACACUGCCUCUUCUAGUAAAGAAAAGCACAAAGAGGAGUUACGUUUUGAAAAACAGGAUUUAGAUUUAUUGCAAAAUGCUUUUGACUUGUACAGAUCUAUGGCUGAAGAGAAGUAUGGUGACAAAAGUGACACAAACAAAGAGGAUGGAAAUUCCUCAAAUUGUACUUUGUCAGAUCUAGCUGAAAGCUCUGGGGAAAGUGAUCAGUCACCUAUUAAGUCCCUAUCAAAUCUGGUGUCUAGUCCAAUACACUCUUCCCCUGAAAACAGAGAUGCUAAGGCAAUUGCAAAUUCAGUGAAAAGCAGCCUGCUUGAUUUGUUAUCAAAUAAAUCUUCCAUUGAUAUGCCUUCUACAAGCUCAUGUGACAAGCCAUGUGCAUCUACAACACACACUGAUAGUUCUAUGAGUGAUGAUAGUGAUAAUUUUACAGAGCAAAGUUCAUUUCUUGCCGAGAAUACAAUAGAUGAAUAUCCUAUGGAGAAUUUAUUUAACAGUGCAGUUGACAAAGGGCUAUUUACUGAACAUGACGAAACAAUGAUGGACCGUGAGAUAUCUAACUUAGCUACAACAAGCCAUGGCACACAAGAAACCACAGCAGGACCACUGCCAUCAUUCCAGAGCAUCAAUGAGCCAUUGAAAAAUAAACGUUUUCAAUACUUACUUCACAAGACAUCAAAGUUUAAGCAUCCUAUCAGCCAGAAUAAGCAGAAGGCAUUUUUGCAAGUUGCAAAUAAGAAAAGAAGCAUACAAAUAGAAAGUGCCACUUCACUACCGUCUACCUCAAAGUCAGAGCCUCCAGUGACAAAGAUUGCUACGGGCAGUCAGACUGAUAUAUAUGCAAUACCCUCAACUUCCAAGCAAACACCUAUAGCAACAACAUCAACAGAAGAAAUUCCUGUUAUAGACACCAGUGCUCUAAAAGAAGCAUCCAGGAGUCUCACUCAAAAGCUACGGAAACUCUCAAAGGAGGUUUUGACAAAAAAAAUUGAUAUCAAGACAUUAGAACAGUCAGUGCGGUCGAAAAUUAGUCCGGGUGCUGUAAUUGAAUCGAUGAAACAUCACGGCCGAGGAAUUUAUUCUGGAACAUUUUCUGGUACUUUGAAUCCUGCCCUUCAAGACAGAUAUGGCCGACCAAAGAGGGAUAUAUCCACCAUCAUACACAUUCUAAAUGACUUGCUGUGUGCCACGCCACCAUUAGGACAGAGGGAUUUGAAACACAGCUGUAGUGGCCAACUGGACGACAAAUGCCCAAAUUGCAGUCAAGCGACCUGUUCCUACGGUCAAUGCGAUGGACAUCCGUCCACAUCAAGAAAGUCAUGUACAUGUGCCAAGGAAUGCCACUGUAGCCGUUUAAACCCACCAGUUUGUGCCAACUGCGAAGGCAAAAACGAACUAUGCCAAAAGUGCACAGUGGCCAAAACUCUAGCGAUCGAAAAUACCAAAACAAAAUGCAAAUUGGAGCAAUUAAGGCUGGUCAUGCAGCAAAAGAAGCAAAGAAGAGAGGCUCGCAAACUCAAGACUCUGCCGUACAAACCCCCUAAGCCGAUACCAACUCCGGAACAGGAAGAGAUUGAAACUAUCGCUUAGUGAAUUAAUCUAUACCGAGACGGCACAGCAGUAUUAUAUUGCUUAAUCUUGCUUUUGUCACUUUAACAUUUGCAUCAAUAUUUAUAUGAUUGUAGUCGAGGAGUCUUAACAAGUAAAUGCUAUACUUCAUCAGCAUACUUCUUUAAUUCAUCGAGUACUUAUUAAUCAACAUAUAUUUUUGACUUUAUUGUAAGCAAACAAAUCAAACCUUCAACCAUAUAAACAUUGAUAAUGGUGCUAAUUAUGAUACAUACACCUAAUUAUAUCUAAAUUAUCAUAAAGGAAUUAUUCUUAAUUAAAUUAUCACAGUUUCUUUGUUUUUAUUUUAAAUGAAAUAAUAUUUUAUGGGGCUAUUUUGACAGAUCUCAUUAGUAUGUGUAAUCAAAAUUAGCACCAACAGCAUUUUGUUUGCGGAUAACAAGUUGAAUUGAGGCAUUCUUAUUUUAAAAUUGUGACGUAUUUGAUUAUGUAUUUUGUUAUGGCAAUACUGUCUAAAACUGCCCAAUCAGCUUUCUAAAGUCCAGUGACAUCAAUAAAUAAUUUUUAAUCUGUGAUAGAUAUCACCUAUUAAAUAUCUACAACCCACUGCUUAGCGAGCUACCCAUUUAAGACGUCAAUUAAAUAUGCUUAAAACUAUCUCUCUAUACAGCGUAUAUAUUUAAUUGACUCUUGUUGAAUAUAUUCUAAAUUACCAUAUUUUAAUGAGUUAUGUAGGCGUAAAUUAAGUGUUGCAUGUACAAAUAAUAGUUAAUUAGCGAAAUAUUAGCAUGUAUUUGUAUAGAUUAUGAUUGUUGCCUGGUGCGGUCGACAUGUUUCGCUAGUACAAGUUUUUAAAGGCAUGUAAAAAAUUAAAAAGAAAGUUUCCAAAUUUAAAAAAUAAAUUCACUGUUCGAAGAUUCGAAUUGGGGUCACUUUCAGGGGUCAUUCACCUCCUACUAACCUACCUUAUUCUUUUUUCAUAUUAAAAAAAUAGGCGGUAUACAGUUUUAAGAUUCAAAUUUGGAAUCACCUUUCAAGGUCCUUAACGCCAUAGUGGAAUAUUUUAUUAUUGUUAGAUUUAGAUUAUUUGGUUGUGGUGUAAGGAUUUUUGCACUUUUAAAACUUUUACUAGCGUGACGGUAUCUUUUGUUGUUAUUUUUUAUUACUUUAUCGGGGUCCACAUUUUUCGACAUUUUGUUUACUUAGUUAUUUUUAGACAAAUGCUGUUGAAGUACACUUUGGAAUAAGUUUUGUAUAAAUUUAUAGUCACUGUAGAGCAUGGAGCGUUUCUAUAUGGUUUGUUUAGUUUUAAUCCAUGUCUUAUUAAUUUCUACAUUGGCACUGUUAUUUUUAGUUUGUUUAUUUCAAAAAUGUUUAAAAUAAAUGUUUCCUUACUCACCUUAUUUGUUUAGUUUUUUUUAAGCUCCAUUAAAAGCUAGAAUUGACACAGUUGAGAGCAAGUUUGACAGCGAAACAUCCUAUCUUCUGACAUUAUUAAAGUCAACGGGUCUAAUGUGUCUGUGGGUUCUUAAUUAUACUAAACGAAUAACGAGACGUUUUAAUUUUGAACAAGUGUUUUUAUUGGACUCCAUUGACUGAUUUCAUGCCAGAAGACAUUGAUAUCUACCCUAAAUUAUAAAGAUAGGAUUAAAGCUUUGUAUAUUAUAGAACUUAAGAGUGCUUUGAACUCAUUCAGUUUACCUAGCAGAGACAAAAUAAAUAUAUUGUAAUACAAUCGAAAUAUCUCAUACAGUUCAUUGGGGAAAUGAGGUUAGAAUUAUAUUUUGUUAACGAUAUAGCUUUAUUCAGCUUCAGAAUACGCCGUUUAAAAUCACAUAAAUGCCUUACGGUUAAGCUAAUUUAAUUUAAUACACAUAGACAUUUGUUUAUAAGGAUUUAUGCAUUGUCUUCCGUGCUUCGCGUCUACACAUUAUCCGCAAACUCCUGUCUUGGUUGGGACCAAGAGAUUCAUUUCGAAAAGCAAUAUUUGACUCCCGAGUGAAAAAAGUGCCUAUUAAUGUGUAGAAUUUGUGUUGUGCCAUAAAUUUACGAGUAUCCUUAGGUUUUUAACGUUUCCUAAUUUUGUGGUAAUCGGAUAAAUGGUAAUUUGUAAAUAAGGAUUUUGUUUGUUACCGCUGACUAACUAUAUAUUUUGUUACGAUAUAUAGACUAGAAUAAUCGGUUUAAGAUCGCAAAUUGUUUUCCUUGUAUUUCGCAUGUAUAGUGAGAAUAAAAUUA